UCCGUUUCAUACAAAUUGUAGCUAGAUUGUUACAAUUAAGUCUAUUGAUAAGUUGCCAGUGCAUGAAUGUUUCCGGCGGGAUUUUUUCUGUGAGACCGAAUAAGGAGAGUUCUGUUCGGUUUGGAAUAUUUGGAAGCUUACCAAAACAAUAGGAGAUUUACUCAGUUUUUGGAAGAAAAAUAGAAUCCUGAACAGAUGAAGCCAAGUCCAAGCUGUCCCUACAAAUAAUUAAGAGGGUGAAAGCCGAUUCAAUCUACGAUCAACCAAUCCAAAGAAUCGGCGAGUAGUUUUUUUUCCUUCUUCUUCCCGAUCGACCACGCGCCGUGGCGCGUCUCCUUCCCGAUCCACUGCUUCGCCGAAUCGCCGCAGGAGGCCCUCGCCCUGGUGGCUGCACCUCGCACAGACGGCCACGUUGGUACAACCGUGCGGCAGCCCGUGACCGUAACUGUGACUAUCGCCUCCAUCCCGUGCGUCACGCGCGAACUCUGCUUCCCGUGCGUCACGCGUCAGGGAAUCCCUGCAUCCUGAAUAUUUCAAGUGUUGCACAAAAUCUGUGCCAACACGAUCCUCACGUGAUGGCGUCUUCCACCUCGCCGGUGGAGGCCAGUGGGUCCGAUCCUUGUGCUGCCUCCACGGGUACUGGCAGCAACAGUUCAGGGAACGCUGCAACGGCCGCUUGGUUCAUUGCAAGUCGUGCUUCCAACCACAUGACAGGCGACCGGACCCUCAUCUCCAACCUGGUACCUGUGAGCAACCAGGUUGUCGAAGCGGGGAAUGGAGAGGGGAUGAUGGUGUGCGGCACCGGGUCCGUGAACACGGAGACGGUGGUCCUCCCUGACGUGUGGUAUGUCCCGGGGCUCACUAUUAACCUGGUGUCGGUGGGGCAGCUCACCCUAGAUCCCGAUCUGAUUGUCAAGAUUGAUCGCAGGGCGUGUCGUGUCAACAAGAUCAGUGAUGGGUCUGUCCUAGGUAGAGCACACUUGACGUCUGGUAGCAAGUAUGAGGUAGACUUCCUGAAAAUUCAGCUGAAUUAAGUGCCUUGUUUCACAGUUUCUUCAGAUGCAUAGAGGGGUGAUAGUGACAUCGGCUACUGCUUUGGGUUAAAUGGCAGUGCUCAAUAGGAGUCGGGUGAGGUCCUAGAGUAUUUUUUGGGUAGAUUUCAGAUUAACAGUUUUCAGAUUAGCAACUUUCGGAUAGGUUUUAGGCUAUUAUAUGCACAGUAUUUGUAUACCUUUAGCUGUGAAGUACGACGAUGUCUCACUUUAUCAGCAUGUUAUUGCUCUUUGAUGAUUCUAAUUUUACUACCUAAUGAAGAUUUCGUGCGCAUAUAAAAGUCCAAAGCAUCCAGUUUCAGGCUUUCAGCUGUUUGCACUUAUACUGAAUUUGUGUGUGAUGUGCACCUGCAACCUAGUUGUCCGAAUAUUGUUGAACCCGCAACAUGUAGUUUCAAUGCACCCUGGGCUAACCGUAGAUCAUGUUUGUUUGAUGAAUUUGUCUGUUUGUAUAUACUGUAUUGCGAGCCACGGUG